AUGGUGCCCGUUCGCUGCAACCAGCGAACAAGACCGACCCCACCAAACGAGCCCGGGGUACAUUCGUCGUCGCCGAAGGGCUCCCUGCCCGCGGCCUCGCCCCGCGCCGCCCCGCCGCCAAGCGGGCGCUGGUGUUCGGCCCCGAGGACGCCGGCCGGCGUCGCGGCAGACAGCGGACGGGCAUCUGCGUCGCCCGCCGCCCGCCCGCGCGCCCCCUGGGAGCCCAAACAAUCGGCCCCGAGGACUCCCCCCGUCCCUCGGGCGCUGCCGCCGCCGCCGCCGCCGCUCGCCGUCGUGGGCUGCGUCUCCGACCUCAGCGGCGACGACAACACGGACAACGACGAGGCCCUCAAGAGAACGAACAUCGAAAAGCUAGUCAGUUUUACCAAAAACAAUAAGCCGUUUACCAAAAUAUCUCCUGUCCCCGCUGAAGACCAAAGAUUAGAGGACCACGCUCUCGAGUACGAGCGCGAAGCCAAUUCCCCCUUGGAUCUGAGCAUGGAUGCUCUCGACCUCCGCAAGAAGCGAGAGUCGGUCCUCGAAUCCGCUACCAAAGAUGAGACCAAUGACUUGGACGAGGACUCCGUGCCGCAGGACUUGUCCAAGAAGAAACUCGAAUUCAACAACAAUAACCCCCUGAUAGUGGCCUCGGCGUUCGCGGCGGCGCGCAAGUGCGACUCGUCCCCGCCGCCGCCCCCGCCGCCCCCAGCGCUGCGCGGCGCCGCGUCACCGCUGUUCGGCGCCGCUGCGGGCGCGGGCCCAGGCGUCGUUCCCAAGAUGGAGGUGAUUGCUGACUCGGCAAGGAACAAGGACCCAUUAAAGAUAGACAUCAAGGAACCAGUUGCUGAAAUGAAACCAUUGGUGAAACCACUGCCUCCAUCUGUUUUGCACAACAAUAACAAUGUCAAUAGUAACAAUAACAAUUCCAUCAAAUCUGGACGUGAACGUGAUGCUCCAGGUGCUGUAAAAAUGGUUAUCAAGAAUGGAGUGUUAAUGCCAAAACAGAAACAACGUCGGUAUCGCACAGAGAGACCCUUUGCUUGCGAACACUGUUCUGCUAGAUUCACUCUACGUUCAAACAUGGAACGACACGUUAAACAGCAGCAUCCCCAAUUUUGGAGCCAGCGCCAACGCGGAGCCACAGCAGUUGUGAAUGGACCUGGUCGACGGCCAACGGUCAACGUUCCUAUUCCACCACUGCCUCAGCAUCCUUCUCUGCCUGUUCCACAGCCCAAAAUUGAACCGGUCGAUGAAAAGAAACCUAUUACUCCUCCUAUUUUAAAUACAUCUCUUCACAUUUCUUCCCCUGAGAAGGAAGGUGACCAAGGAGAAGAAGACAACAACAACAAAUUCACCUCGGAUGAAGUGAGACAUCUCAUUGCGCAACAACUGAAAUCCAAAUUGGGCACAACAUCUCCUGAGCCAGUUGAAGAGGAAGAUGGUGAUGGUGAGUUGGUAAUCGAUGAGGAGAAAGCUGCUGAAGAAGAUUCAGCUGCUGCCCCUGUUUCUUCUUCCCCUUUAGUCGCUGCUGUUUCUUCUUCUUCCUCCUCCACUUCUUCUCCCACUGCAACUUCUGCAGUGACAUCUGUCACAACUUCUGCUCCAACUAUUGCUCCUGUUGUGUCUGCUAAGACUGCCUCUUCUGCAGCUCGCCCUCAACCACAACCGGAGCGCAAGGACAUCUUGGAAGGAGGCAGUGCAGAUCUCGCCAGCGUUUCACGCCUUUUGGACAAUGCCUCCACCCAAACUCAGGCAUUUCAACGGUACUUCCGGGGAACACAGGAUGCGGAGGAAUUUGGACGUGAAGAAGGAAGUGAAGAGGAUGAAGAAGGUCUGGUUGCUGGCAGUAACAGUGAGGGAAACAACUCUGGCAGUCUGAAUCAGAAGCUGCCCCAGCUCCUGGGAAAAAGAAGAGUGCUUAUUCCUUGGCACCCAACCGUGUCUCUUGCCCUUUCUGUUACCGAAAAUUUCCUUGGUCAUCAUCAUUAAGAAGACAUGUUCUCACUCACACUGGCCAGAAGCCUUUCAAGUGUCCUCAUUGUCCUCUUCUUUUCACCACCAAAAGCAAUUGUGACCGUCAUCUAUUACGAAAACACAGCAAUAAUAAUAAUAAUAAUAACAAUAACAAUAGCAACAACAACAAUAUUAACAGCAAUAGUAAUACUGCAAACAAUUCUAGCAGUAAUACCAACAAUAGUACCAACAACAGUGGCACAAGUAGCAGUGGAAGUGGAAAUGAAACUUCUCCAGGAUCCCUUUCUAGUACCAGUGCCUCUGCAACAGCAAAUGCUAGUAACAAUUACACAAUGAGGAAUGUUCCUGAGAGACCUUACAAGUGCAAUUACUGUCCUAGUUCUACCUUUGCUACCUUGAGUAACCUGAGGAAACAUGUGGCUUCGAAGCAUAGCAAUAGCAGCAGCAGCAGUUCUCCUCCCACCAGUCCUCUACAGCAGCCUCUCCCACUCCCAGGUCCUGGUUCUGAUGCCAGUGGUCCAAGCGGGGCCAGCAGUCACUAUGAGGAAAGUCAUUGUGGGAGUGGCAGUGAAGAUGGAGAAUCAGAACGCCGUCCUGUAGAAACUAAUGAUACUCCUCACAACUUACCGCUACCUCCACCACCGCCACCCCCAGCACCCUUACCUGCUACUCCUGCUCGAGACUGUGUAAGCACCCAGCCUGCUGUCAGUGGUAGCGCCUCGAGUAGUGGGAGUGCAUCCUCUGAGCUGCCUUUUAAGUGUCAUCUCUGCGAUGGGGGUUACGCCGAGCGUCAAGAUGCUUUGGACCACAUCAGAGAUGUACAUCCAGCAGAGUUUGAGCUUCUGAUGUCCAAAGGUGCUUUGGACACGGCAGCUGAAGACAAUGCUCAUUCUCAACACUCAACUUCAUCUUCGGGAAAUCAAAACCAUGAAGAAAAUAGCCCAACAGCUGAUGAAAACAUUGAGCAGCUUCGUGGAAGAUUCCCAGACUAUGCCAAUCGAAAGGUCAUGUGUGCAUUCUGCAUGCGACGUUUCUGGUCAGCAGAAGAUUUGCGCCGUCAUAUGCGCACACAUACUGGGGAGCGACCCUUUUCUUGUGAUAUAUGCCGUCGGAGGUUCACUCUGAAGCACAGCAUGCUGCGCCAUAGAAAGAAACAUGCUGCAGGUGGUUCUCUAGCAAUUCCUGCAAUAGGCACAGCCAAUACACAAACUGAAGAUGGAGUAUCAACUGUGAGUGGAGACGAAGAAGCCUCUGAACUUCCUCAGUCCUCACCACCCUCGUCAUCUGGUUUUGCUGCUGUCAAUCAUAAUAAUAAUAACAUAAUACCCAGUUCUGCUAUGACAAAAGCAGCACAUCGCCUUCUUGUGGAUGGCACAAAUAACGAAGAGGAGACGGACUUGAUAGGAAUCAGAAGAUACUGUCAAAAUGAACAAUUAAUGUUGCCCCUCACUCGUGUUGCAAUCUGCCAUGCAAAUUUGUUUCUGCUUGCAAAACAUACUCAGUCAACAGUUUGAAAGAGUGCAGAAUCUCACAUAUUCAAGGAGUCAUGCGUUAAAGAGUUAAUUGCAUGUAUAAAUAUAACAGUUAAUAUUAAUAUUGAAGAAAUGAAUUUCUCAAUUACCGACUGACAUAAUUGCAGCCCUGGACGGUCUGAGAAAAGUCAGUCACUUAACAUAAUUGCAAAGCCAAUAAAAUGUACAUAUAUACUUAGUCAAAGUAAGUCAAUUAUUCUGUGAGGUUAAAUACAAAAAUAAUUGUACUUCAUCUGAAGCCCCUCUACAACUGGAAAUGUCUCCACAAAUCAUCUUUAAGGUUCUCUUAUUCAACUGAGAGGAAAUAUAUCUCAUUAUACGAUGAAAACAAAAGGGUGUUAUUCACUGAAGUAACUCGUAAAAGAAAUAUAGAGUGACCACCCUAGUCAGCCUUCUUGCACUGUGCGGCAAGUUGGGCAGAAUUAGGAGGAAAUGAAUCUUCCUCAGGGCGAACACAAAGAACUGCAAUAAUUAUGAAGUAAGUAGUCAGAAUAAAAUGAUCUUUUAUUACCCUAUUAGAGAGAAAUUUAAUGUUCAAAUCAAAAUUAUAAAUGAUUUGUUUUGUAAUAUGUCUUCGUAGGCAUACUACCGUAAUAUAGUGAAUGCAUGUGUGAGUGUGUGUUUUUGCUGCACAAAGCUGCAUUUUGUGUGAAUUUGUGUGACCCACAUUCUUGAUACAUAUCAUGGUUGUGUUACCAAAUUAUUCUACUCUAGUUAUAGGAGUAAAUUUCUUUAUUGUUCAUGUAUGAAGUGAUUAACAUUUGGAAGAAAAAAAAUCCUGUUUGCUUAAACCUACUUCACAUUUAGUCCACAUUAUAUUUGAACUUAAAUAAUGAACAGGAUUAUUCUUCUUAACUAUGAGUUUUAUCAUAUUCUACUUCUCAUGUUCUUGUAAAUACUGUAGUUUUAUUAGUAUCAGGUGGUAAUGAAUCUUUCAUGAUCUAUAGAUAGUGUAUCUAGUGCAUAUUAUGAUUACCAAAACCACAGUCAAGAACACUUGUAUUUUUCUCAGAGUUUACCUAUUUAUACAAUCAGAAUUCAUUAGAUUAAGUCAGUGCUACCCAUAUUCACUGACAAUAUCAGUGAUUCUUCAGUACUAUUCUCAGUACUGCAGAUCAUUCAUGGAAACUUCAGUGCCGGUGCUUGCACAAAAAGAAAUUUCUAAAGAGAUCUUCUACAUUACCAAACCAAGUUGCCAACCUAGGUGUGGUCAGUAACAGAUCACAUGUAUUCCUGACUGUACACUUACAAUUACAGCAAAAACCAAAGACGUGUGUAUUAUUAUUGACAUAUUAGUUUGUCUAUUGUUGGUGAUAAUGCCAAUAUAUUGUGUAAAUAUUUAUAUCUUAUUAAAAUAUUUAAGGUUGGCAGCUGCCUGCAUAAUAAAUUGUUAAUAAAUGAAGUGUGAUAAAUAUAUUUUUAUGAAAAAAGUUUUGUUUUGUUAAUGCCAGCCUGAUUCAAAUGCAACAAUAAAUUUGUAUUUAAAUUUGGCUUUUAUUGGACAGAUUACUUUCAAUCGCAAUUUCAGUUGUGUAAUUAGUUUGGGACUUAGUUUUUUUUAACUUUUUCUUGUAAUCAUUUAUUAAUUUCUUUUAUGGUCUUCAGCAGAAAUCAGUCUUCAUGUUAGUUACCGAAUAUCAAGUUUACCAGGAUUAUGGUUUUAAUCCUCAUGGUUUUAAAAAGCAGAACUUGCAAUUCUUUUGAGUUCUUUGAAUUACAUUCCAUGUAAUAUAAGAUUUCAAUUACAAUAUUAUGUAAAUAGUAGGCAAUAAUAUUCAAACUCAAGUUUGCUAUCUGUGUAAGUGACCUAUUUACUCUGGAUAUAAUAUUCAUGAUCAUUUUAAGACACAUAAAAGGCUCCCAAAUGAAAGAUUCCUGAAUAUUGGGAUGCAUUAUCUUUUUUAUUCAUUUCUUCAUAUACUUGGGUGAUAUGAAUAUAUGGCAGAAAAGUUAUACUUAUUAUUACUUGGGAAUCACUUUCCUACUUAUGUUUUGUUUAUGUAAUAAUUUAUUAUAGAAAUAUUAAAGUUAUGAGUUAGUAUUUUUGUUUAAGUGAAAAUGCUUGCAAAUGCACUAUGAAGGUUUUGUUGAACAUUUAUUGUAAGUUCAAAAUUGUGCUCAAAGUUAAUUCAAAAACAACUUUCAUGUACAUUGGUGUGUAUGUACCUUUUACACUUUUUUGCCAUCUUCAAUGGGGUUGUACUGAUUUACAUUUAAAUCCUUCAAUGUAAUGUAGUAUGAGAAAUUGUUUUUGAUUUGUAAUCUCCAUGUAUUUAUUUUUGUUGAUUGUGUGAAUACUAUUUCACUUGUGUGAAAAUCUGUGGCUGAAAUAUUUCAAACAUAAUGUGAUUGUGGCAAUUUCUUCAAUGGAAACCAGUUGUUGAGAUGAAAUAGUAAACUGAAAUGAAGAGCACAUAUUACCAAUGAAUCAGAACAAAUUUUUCUCAAUAAAGACAGUAGUAUCUACAUCUUCUUUUACAUAUUGUCUGUUUAAAAACUUUAAUCUAAAUCAUUAAAGAUAUAUGAAUAGUUACGAAAAUGGGAUGUAAUUUGAAAUUGUACCCAUUUCAAACCUGCUAUUAGUUAAAAGGGCACAUUUGUUCUUUUCUGUCUUAAAGACAAUCUUUUGAUAUAUUCUAGUUGGUGUUACCUCAGUGAAAUGCAGGUUUUUGUAUUAAGAGGCUUUUAUUUUGUGUGAACUUGUGUGAGUGUGUGUAUAUAUUUAUAUUACAAUUUGGAAUAUGUAAUAUGAGUUUCUGUGAAUAUUAUUAUUAAUUUAAGGCAUUUUGCUUUGUACAUAGAGAAGAGUUUUAAUAAGGUUUAUUUCCCCAGUUUUUGUUGUGAACUAUUUUAUCUUUAAAUUAAGAAGUAUGAAUCUUUCAAGAAUGUAUUCACUUCUGACUGUGGGCAGUAUUAUAUAGUGCAAAUGAAAUUACUCAGAGAGACUUUCUCAAUGAAGUGCAAUUGUAUUGUUUGUAACUUAAAAAUAUUAGUAAAAUAAUACAAAUGAAAACUAGUUUUUGGAAUUACGCAAAAUUUUCAUUGAAAAUAUCUCAAUAGUCUUGUUGAACAAAAUCUUUUAUACUGAUAAUUUCUUUUCUAGUUCUGCUACACACAAUUGAUAUGAUAAACUAUUGUACAUUGGAACAGAAUUAGAAAAGACCAGUUUAAGAGGAUUUGUGCAAGACUGUAACAUGCAGAAAUUUGAAAGACCCUUUGAAUAACUUCAUGCUGUUUACAUGUAUUUAUGCCCAUUGUAGCACUUAAAAUAUUGGAUUGUUAGUCACUAAUACGAAACAAGAUGUUUUCUUGCAAGGAAUUUUGCACACUCUUCUGAGUUUCGCACUGAUUAUAGUUUUGUUGUUUCUCAGAUUUGUGAGAACUUAAAAGUUAUAUAAUUUUAAUAUAUAUAUAUCACUCUCAUGAAAAUCUUGGCUCAAUUAAAAAAACAUUGUGUGUACAUUUUAUGAAGAAAGGGUUUGUUCCUUUGAACACCAAAUAAAUCUUUCCCAAAGAUAAACUUUAACAA